AUGAGCAGUGGCCUUCGUAAUUGUUCUAAAAUUCCUAAAAAUAAUGAUAUUCCUACUUCUACCGCAACAGCUACCACUUCUAAGACAUCGUCAGCGCCUCAUUCAGCAGUUGAUAUUGCAUCGGUAGCAAAUGAGCCCAAGAGGCGUGGACGUAAACCUGCAUCACAUCGAUCGGCUUCAAAUACGUUAAUAAUUAAAGAAAGUGUGGUGAAUGAUGCUGAAAAUGAUACAAAAUCCGAAAAAGCAGAGCGUGGAGAGACUGUAAUUACUGCAGUAAACAUCAAAUCAGAUAACCACGAAGAGCACGGGCAAACUGCAGGCUGUAAAAGUAUAGCAGCCACAAGUUCAAGAAUGACUAUCUCUGCAAGUAAUGUUAGGAAUGCAUCAGAAUUGAUGAAAGUUUUGGAUGAUGUGCCUCAACCGCUUGUAUCUACUACUGCUAUGGUUAAAUCCGAUAGAAGUGUACUGUUGACAUCUACCGAUAGUGGUAUAGAUUCGUAUGCAGAUGUUGAACAGGAGUUGAAAGAUGUUACGACACUACAUGAUGAUGAAGAAGCCUCACCUAGUGAACGUUGUAGUGAUGUUGUUGCUGCACCACAGUCAAGAAAUAGUUCUGUUCAAUAUGAUCGCAUAGUUUGCGGUGAUUGUCAUGCAGAAUUUUCUUUGUCAACGUUUGUGGAAUUUGUUGAGCAUAAGAUUUCACGGUGUGAUGGUAAGCAGACACCAUUAGAUGAACUGCUUGCUGACAUAUCACCAACCCAUCCAUCAAGCGACACUCUUAGACCUGGUCGACGACGGCGUCUAGUUCGCUACCAUUCUUCCACAGAAUUGAACGACUCAUGUCCUCGUUGUGUUCCGUCAUCAUCUUCAAAUGAUCACAAUGUAUCACUUAUAUCGACAUUUAAUGAGAGUCAACGGAAACACAACAAUACGAUUGAUGCUACCACAGAUACUGAUACCUUAGGUAAUUAUGCGAACACUUUACUGUCGUCAGCAUUUUAUCUUUGUAGUAUCUUGAUGAAUUACAACAUUAUGCAAAUAUUUUUCUGCAUUUAA